AAAGAACAUCCAGUUUAUUAUUUUACAUGAUGGUGAUAUUUUGCUUUAUUUUGUAUGUUUUUUUCAGGAGGGAGAAUUAAACUCAGUAGAAAAGCUGUUGCGUAGACUUGGCCUUGAGAAUAAACACAAAGACAAACUUACCAGUGCACACUUUCUUGAAAUAUCCAAAUCCAUUUUACUGUACAAGGAGCCCAGUAGAGAGAAUGAACUGGUAAAUGUUUUCAUGCAACAUCUUUUGACAGGAGAUUACUCAGCGAGAUACAUCUCUGUCAAAAAUUAAACAAACAUACAAAACUCUCAGACUAGAGUUAAUGAAGAUGCCUUUGCUGCUCUUUUAAAAAAGCCUAAUGUAAACAGUGAAAGAAAACAGGACCGGAUUCACCCAAUGGAUGUUCAGAUGGCGGUGUUCCUUUGUGCAGAUGAUUUUCUUCGACAGAUCAUGGUGACUAAACUGGCACAGUGUCAGUAUGCGAUCCUCCUGCUGGUACCCAAUCCCUUUAGCAGGAAAAUUGAAUUUCCUCUCUGGACAAUGCGUCAAAUCAGCAAGAGUUGGAAGUUGACUGAUGCUUCAGGAAAAAUCAUCAGCAAGACCCUGCCUGUUUACAAAGCAGAAACUCCGAUGGUGGCAUUCUUCAGGCUUGGGUCUGCUUCCUCAUCCAAGUCUCAGCUGAUCAACAACCUGAUUAAUGAGAAGCACAACACAUUUUUCCACAGAAACUGUCCAGGCAGCAGCAGAAACUGCCUACUGAUGGAUGGAGUGGUGGAGAUCGCUUGGUACUGUCCAUCUGGGAAAAGCUCUGAUUAUUUCACUGAAUGUGUUGCAUUCUGCAACCUUCAUGGGGAUUCCAGCACAGCUGUAACUCAGAGAGAGAUACUUACUAUAAUGGCCUCUGUAAAUGCUUUACUUUUGCCUAAGAUUGAUGGGGAUGAUAAUAAUAUGAGAAUUGUACAGGCGUUUUGUAAGUCACAAACUGCUCUUAUUGUUGUACUUACUGAUGAAGAGAACGGUAAUGAAGAUCCUGUGUGUGAGAUUGGUAGAGCAAAAUACAGAGUGGGACUGAAGGGCAUAAAUAAGUCUGAGGUGUCUGUUCUGCUCAGAGAUGUGAUCAAGAAUGUCUCUCAGAAAAAACAUAUGACCUUUAACCUCAAAAAAAUUACAUGCAUCUCAAAGGUCUGUGUGGAUGAGCACAAUGAGGCCUGUCAGAGAGGAAAGGAAGCUGCUCAAAAUAUAAUGGGUUUUCUAGAUGGAAAAGAUCCACUGACAGUAAAAGAGGAAUACCUGCCCUGCCAGGGAAAACUGUGGCAUGACUGGUGCCAAAAGAGAAAAGACUUAUGGCAACUUCAAAGUAAAAAUAUAGAAAUGGAGCUCAGCAAAAAGCAAACUGAAAUGAAGGAAAUAAGAUUGAAACAGCAAGAACAUGGCUUCAGUGAACUCAUGGGGUUAUUUGUUGGAUGUUUAAACUCUCUGUCAGACAGUGAGAGAAAGUAUUUCCUCAGAUGGACUGGAAUUUACCUGGAUGAGUUCACUUCAAAGAAACUCUCUGGUAUCCAGAAAGAAUAUCACCAAAAAUGGACAAAUGUGUUGGCCUUGAAAAAAAACCAUGACGGAGCUGAAGGACAAACAAAUCUGGACAAAUUGAAGACUGAGCAAUCAAACUUAGAAAAAUUAUCACAAGAACUGAAUGCUGUCAGCUUUGGCUUGGAGCACAUGAUGAGAGAGAUGGGCCAGAUUUAUGAAGCCUCAGUCUCUGAAGAAAGCAAUACAUGGAGAGAAGAUGGAAACUUGUCUUACCUGCCUAAACUUGUAGCUGAACUCAUGAAAUCUGGGCACCCGAUGGAGCUGAUGGAUGGUGAUACAACUUAUGUUCCUCUAACCUGGGUUUCAGCUGUUUUGGAUGAAGUCAUCAUGAAACUGGGAGACCAGAGAGUUUUUGUGCUGUCAGUUUUGGGAAUUCAGAGCUCUGGGAAAUCCACCAUCUUGAAUGCCAUGUUUGGGCUCCAGUUUGCAGUCAGUGCAGGCAGAUGUAGCAGAGGAGCCUUUAUGCAGCUGGUUAGAGUUUCUGAGGACAUGAAGGAAGACCUGAAGUUUGACUACAUUUUGGUUGUUGAUACUGAAGGUCUCAGAUCUUCAGAGCUGUCUGGAAACAAAAUUCAUCAUGAUAAUGAACUUUCCACAUUUGUGGUAGGAUUAGUAAAUAUGACUUUAAUUAACAUCUAUGGAGAGAACCCUACUGAGAUGCAGGAAAUACUUCAGAUAGUUGUUCAUGCAUUCCUGAGGAUGAAGAAAGUCAGACUUAACCCCAGCUGCAUGUUUGUGCACCAGAAUGUUUCUGAUAUUGCAGCUAAAGAAAAAAUCAUGGAUGGAAGGAGACACUUGCAGGAAACACUGGAUAAAAUGACUAAACUAGCAGCUAAAGAUGAAGACUUCUAUGUGGAAAAUUUCACUGAUGUCAUUGCAUUUGAUGUAAAGUAUUUUGCACAGCUCUGGGAGGGUUCUUCACCAAUGGCACCAUCAAACCCAUUCUACAUUCAGGAACUAAAGGGAGAUAUCCUCUCUCAUGCAGCAACUACAAAUAACCUGAAAUUAUCACGGUUUCAAAAUCGUGUGAAAGACCUGUGGAAUGCUCUACUGGAUGAAAAUUUUGUGUUUAGUUUUAAGAAUGCACAAAAGAUAUCAGUCUACAGGAAACUGGAGCAGGAGUAUGGGAAAUGGACCUGGAGUCUGAGGAGUGCCAUGAUGACUGUGGAAGAUAAAAUGCUUAACAAAGCAGCCAGCGGAAUCAUACAAACAGUUCAGAGGAGAGAUUUCAAAGACGAGAUGGCAGGAACCCUAAAGAAUGUCCAAAAGGAAUUUAACCAUUAUUUUGAAGAACACAAUGAAAAGGAAACACUGAUUCAGUGGAAAUGUAAAUUUGAGACACAAAUCCAGCACCUCCAUGAUGAUCUAAUAGAGGAAGCAAAGAGAAAAGUGGAUGACAGCAUUCAGCAGAAAAGCAUUACACAAAACCUUGAUAAGCAACGUGUGAACUACGAGAAGAUACUCUUUGAAAAGAGUAAAGAACUUGCUUUAAAACUUAAAGGAAAUGUUAACAACAAAACACAUGCAAGUGAGGAAUUUGAUUCAAUGUGGAGAACAUGGGUCUCUGAAUUAUCUGAACAAGCUCUAGAAAUCACAGAUCUUAACAUCUCAAAGGACACCAGUGAAGUCCUGGGAGAGGUCUACAAACAUGACUUGGUUCCAAAUCGAAAGCGUUCUUCAGAGUAUAAAUGUAUUGGAGAAAUGAGAGGGAAGCCACCAUUUAAUGGGAACAGAGCUGAUCUGGAAAAACACAUUCUGAAGUCUUUGGCAGAGCAGAAAGGCAAUAAGGCUGAGAAGUUUAAUAAAUACUUAACAUACAUGAACUAA